UCACAUUGACUGACAGUUUUGGGUAACUAGGUUGUGGGAAAGAAACACCUCUUCCGUCUGUUCCCUGAGCUACAGAGUUUUGAGCUUCAGCUGGGAUCUUACUCUCCAGUGUAUUUGCCAAGAGAAAUAUAUCCUCUCAGCAUGGCUCGUGGGCUGAAGUUAAAUCAUGAACUUCCUAAACUUUUCAAUGAGCUAUGGGAUGCAGAUGUUAAUCGCUUUGUGCCCGGGAAAGAUUAUACAAUUGACUUACAGUUCUUUUCAGCUUUUGUUUCCCUAUUGGACAACUAUGAAACAUCAACUGGUGUAGCAGAAGUUGUGACCCCGCAAGAAAUGGCUGAAAACAAUCGUUUUCUUGAUGCUAUCUUAGAAACAGAAGUAAUGAAACUUACUCAUCAAUAUUUAGUUAGAAAAAAUUGGUCAAAACCCAGUCUUAACAAUUUCAAGUCUCAACUCUAUGACAUCUGGUUUCAGCUAUACACCAGGGAAACAGGAAAGGGGCCUGAUUCCUGUGGAUUUGAACACGUGUUUGUCGGAGAAACAAAACAUGGAAAAGAGAUUCUGGGUUUGCAUAACUGAGUACAAUUUUACCUUCAGGAAAACAAACAAAUUGACUACAAAGGCUAUGUUGCCAGGAGAAAAAGAACAGGCAAGUGGUCUGAUGAAGAUAAUCAAGUUCUGAGUCUACAGUUCAGCUGGAAAGGUCUAGUAAAACCUGUGGGAAGCACCUUUAUUGGUGUCAGCCCCGAGUUUGAAUUUGCCCUCUAUACGAUCAUUUUUCUGCAGUCUCAGGAAAAGGUCACUCGUGAGAUGGUGCGGAUAGAGGAGUAUGAACUACAGAUAGUUGUGUAUCGCCAUGGUAAAUACAUUGGAACAGCAUAUCCUAUCCUCCUUAGCAGCAACAAUGAAGAUUUGUAUUGAAAAGGAUCAAGCUAACCUGAAGUUCUUUCUGAGUUUAAUUGUAAUUUUGUAUAAUUUUAAAUGGCCUGCUUGGAAUAAUAUCCUUUUGUUCUAUAUUAAGAUGCUUAACCUAAGCUGUGCCUUUUAAAGAAAUGUUCAGUGCCUGUCCAGGCUUUGAAAUCCUUUUUAUCACUGUAGCCAAGGAUGAAAGAAAUUGUACUAAAGUGCCGUCAUAAAGCUGUACUUUAACUUCCUGACC